AUGUCUUCCAAAGAAAAAGAAAUCGUAUCCGGUACCUCAAACACUGAAGAAGCUGCGGAUGAUGGAAAAGCGUUGAAUAAGAGGGAAACCUGGUCGACAAAACUGGACUUUUUGCUUGCAUGUAUUGGAUUUUCUGUAGGUCUAGGAAACGUAUGGAGAUUUCCAUACCUUUGCUACAAGAACGGCGGAGGAGCCUUCCUCAUUCCGUACCUGAUAUGUGUGGUAGUAGGCGGAAUUCCCCUGUUUUACCUGGAGGUAGCUGUUGGCCAGUUCAUGGGAACCAGUGGACUUGGAGCAUGGAACAUCUGUCCUCUUCUUCAGGGACUAGGCAUAUCUACGACAAUCAUUGUGUUCUUCCUCAACUGUUACUACAAUGUGAUUCUGUGCUGGGCCUUCUACUACAUGUUCAGUUCAUUUGCCCUGGAGCUGCCCUGGGCCACCUGUAACAACUGGUGGAACACCGAUCGAUGUUCGACCUUUAGUGGGAAGACCGACACCAACGUAACCAUCAGUAACAUAACCAGUAAUGUCACCGUCAGUGGUCUGAAAAAGCUGGACGCAGUCACCGAAUUUUGGGAGCGGAAGGUGUUGGCCAUUUCAGACGGUAUAGAACACAUGGGACCCGUCAAAUGGGAUCUGGCCCUCACAUUACUGUUUGCCUGGAUUGUCGUCUAUUUGUGUAUCUGUAAAGGGAUCAGGUCUUCCGGAAAGGUCAUGUACGUCACCGCUACGUCACCAUACCUGUUCAUGACGGCUCUGUUGAUACGAAACUCCCUGCUAGACGGUGCUAUAGACGGUGUGGAGUUCUACCUGAAGCCGAACAUUACCAAGCUCUCUGAGAUAGAGGUGUGGGUCGAUGCUGGUACACAGAUCUUCUUUUCUUACUCCAUCGCUAUAGGAGCCCUGACGGCUCUAGGCAGCUACAAUCUCUUCAAUCACAAUUCAUACAGGGACGCUAUAAUAUUUGCUUUAGCAAAUAGUGGGACAAGUAUCUUUGCUGGUUUCCUCAUCUUUACCAUAUUAGGGCAUAUGGCCUUUCUACAGGAAACAACGGUUGACAAGGUAGCAGCCUCGGGUCCAGGUCUAGCUUUUAUAGCCUACCCCAAGGCCGUAUCACUUAUGCCUGGAGCGCCAGUUUGGUCCGUUCUUUUCUUCCUGAUGGUGAUCCUCCUUGGUCUCGACAGCCAGUUUGUUGGGGUAGAAGGCGUGGUGACUGCUAUAGUUGACCAGUGGCCGAACUAUCUGAGGAAAGGAUACAGGAAGGAGGUUUUCAUUGGCUGCGUGUGCGCUGUUUCCUAUCUGGUCGGGCUCUCCAUGGUGACAGAGGGAGGAAUGUACGUGUUCCAGCUGUUUGACUACUACUCCGGCAGUCGGAUCAUACUGUUUGUUGCCUUCUUUGAGUGUGUAGCCGUCGCCUGGAUAUACGGAAUAAAGCGUUUCUAUGACAACAUAGAAAUGAUGAUGGGAUUCAGGAUCAAUCCUUUUAUGGGUAUAUGUUGGACAGUGCUGUCUCCCAUCUUCUGUAUGAGUAUAUUUGUGAUGAGCGCCAUUAACUAUGCUGAACUGGACUACCGGAGGCCAGACUCUACUUACGUGUAUCCACAGUGGGCAGUUGGCAUUGGUUGGACUAUGGCUGCCUUUGCAGCUGUCUGGAUACCAUUGACAGCAUUAUUCAAGUUGUACAUCUACAGUCGGGAUCAUCCAAUAAGUGAGGUGGCCCGUCGUAUGUUGAAGCCUUGUGGUCUGCGGCCCCAUCAGUUUCGUAGCCAGGAUAGAGGGGAAGAAAGUCUUGUGGAAUACUGGACUGAAAAAGACCUCCGUACAUUGGAUGGGAGACAAGAGCCGCCUAAAUCUAAAGAAGUCCCCAUGCAAUACACUGACCAGAAACAAGAUCCAAAUUUCAAUGGAAGAUCAGCUGGGCACCAAAAUCCGACAUUUUCAGACGAAAGAGGUGCAACAUUCACUAAACUAUAGGCUUUGUGAUUGAAGUUCACAAUAUCAUAGUAGACUGUAUAUCUAACUAACAGGACGGGUAUUUUGAAUAGGACAGGGAACUAUAUUUUCAACUUAAAUGUUUACGGAACAGUGUUCUGUAACUGGUCUAUUCAAUUGUCCUUGGGACAGUGUUCUGUAGCUUGUCUGUGGGACAGUGUUCUGUAGCUUGUCUGUGGGACAGUGUUCUGUAGCUUGUCUGUGGGACAGUGUUCUGUAGAUUGUCUAUGGGACAGUGUUCUGUAGCUUGUCUGUGGGAAAGUGUUCUAUAGCUUGUCUGUGAGACAGUGUUCUGUAGCUUGUCUAUGGGACAGUGUUGUGUAGCUUGUCUAUGGGACAGUGUUCUGUAGAUUGUCUGUGGGAAAGUGUUCUAUAGCUUGUCUGUGAGACAGUGUUCUGUAGCUUGUCUAUGGGACAGUGUUGUGUAGCUUGUCUAUGGGACAGUGUUCUGUAGCUUGUCUGUGGGACAGUGUUCUGUAGCUUGUCUGUGGGACAGUGUACUGUAGCUUGUCUGUAUGACAGUGCACUGUAGCUUGUCUGUAUGACAGUGUUCUGUAGCUUGUCUAUGGGACAGUGUUUGAUAUUAAAGAGAGUCUAUAUAUUCAUUUAAGCCCAAUAACAUAGAAUAAACUGGGAAAGAGGUAUAUGUUUUUAUGAUUGCUGAAUGUUUGAGAGAAACUCUAUCAAAACCUGUGUAUCAUAUUGUUCUUUUAAAAGAAUAUUUUCAUAUACAAUUCUACAAAUACAAGUGUCAGAGGAAUUUCUCCUUAUCAUUGCAAUCUAGUUACCAUGUUUUUUUGCAAUAUCUGAAAUUUCAACAAUGUUUUAUUGUUUAAAUAUUGAACAUGUAAAUGAUGAGAGGUGGCUGGGGAAAGAGGACUGUACCACUACAUUGGUCACCAGGUAUCCAAAGCCUUUCCACAUCACUGACAUUCCAGUCAGUAUGUGUCUUUCUGGAAAAUGUUGGGCUUCAUAACCAAAACCUGUCAAACAUGAUUCUAGGCCUUUCGGUUCAUAAGAAGAAAGCAUUUGAAGGUUUUUAAGAAAUUUGACCAUAGUGAACUUGAGUAUGAAUCACGGUCAAUUAUUUGACGACCCACAGGAACCUACCGGCGGCAAAUUUCAAGAUUCUGAUUAGUGGGAACAAGUUGAUUGAAUGUUUUCACAAAUUAUUCGACCCCUGUAUGGGUCAGUGUUAUUUCUUUUCAUAAACGUUGUUGGUCAUCAUCACCUUCCAGAAAAAACAUCAUAAUUCCAAGCCUUUCGUUAUUGAGAAUUUUUGUUAAAGAUGUCAGAAAUUUGACCUCUUUUACCCUGAAUGUAGGUCAAGGUCAUUUCUUAUCAAAAGUCUUCAUCCCAGGUUCAAACCAUCCAAAAAUACAUAUCAUUAUUGCAGGCUUUUUGAAAAAGUGACCUUGAAUACGAGCUUUGGGUUCAUUUCUUUUCAGACAAAUUUUCUGAAAAAGUAACCUCUGAAAUUUGUUAAAAUCUUCUCAACUUUUAACGUAUUUUGUAACAGCUUGAAUACCCGGUGAGUGAUGCAGGCCAUUAAUCGUUGGCUGUUUAGCUCUAUAAGCCUAACAGACACUGUUCAGUGUCAGUAUUUGGUAGUUAAGUGUUGGUUAAUGCAGUAGUUAAAUUGAUUAUAUUUUAUUAAGAACUUUCUUAUAAAUUACAAACUAUUAAUGAUUAAUCAGAUUAGUAACUUGUGUAUUGUUAUUUAACCUUUUUUGAGCUUUAAGCCUGGACAA